GAUAUAAACGUCAUUUGUCAUUACCGUCGAGAUUCACGUCAAAAGUAUGUCAAUUUUCAUAUUUGUUUUUGACUUAAAAAAAUCAAAAAUCUGCUUUUUUGGAAAUUUUUUGGAGCGGAAUAUAAUUAUUGUAUCUUAUUAGAAUGAUUACAUAUUUCAACUAUAUUUUCACAUAAUCCGUAAAAUAUUAAUAAUAAAAGGAUGUAUAUUGUCUUCAGAUUUAUAACUCGUUAAAAACUUUAUUAAAAAUGUCUGGAAACGCACCACCAGUAAUAGAAGUCAGUCCUGAAAAUAACCAUCUUAAUGGACCCUUCAUCAAUACCAAUAGGAUUAGAAACAAUAAUAACCAAAAUCCUUUAUUUAAUGUACGUGAUAGAUUAUUUCAUACGCUUUUUUAUAGAGCUGCCUUAGCUUAUGCAAGGACUUUUCCUAGACCAUUGAGAAGAUUUUUAGAAUUUCUCACAUUAAUUAAGGCUAUAGCAGCAUUUUUUGUUUUGAUGUAUAUACACAUUACUUUUUCUCGGUCACCAUCGACAUGUUUGAACCAUGUAAAAGAUACAUGGCCUAGAGAUGGGAUACUUAGAGUAGAAAUAGUGAGAAAUGUAGGAAAGGAUUAUAAUAUUGAACAGAGUUAUGCUAAAGAGGAAAAACUGAAACAACAGGGCAAAGUAGAAGAUUUUACCCAUGUGAUUGGGCUGUUAGCAAGGGACAGUUUUGUUAAUAUCGAACCAAGUGCAGUUGAGGAUAGUUCUAAAGAAACUGAACCACUGCAAGCUGCUGUAGAAGGUAAAAUCAAUAGUAAUGCAGUUAAAACAGACGAAAAUGAGAAGAAGUUGAUAUCAGAUGCGUUGUUAAAUGUAUCAAAAAUGUCUCCUACAUUAUGGGAUAAUUAUCAGUUAUUUACUGAUCAUCCAAUGGUAACCACUGAGAAAUCUUCAAUUUUUGAGAGGCCUACACAUGGAGUCAAUAAUGAAAGUGAUAGUUUGUUUGCAGUUACAGACAUUAAACAAAAUGUGAUAGAUGCUUCUGAUUCUCAAACUAAAGCUCAACAUGAACAUGAAUACAUAGUAGAAUUCGCAUUAGAAUAUGGAUUUUUACGACUUAGUCCCGCUACUAGAACCAGGUUGAAAAUCCCAGUGGAAAUCGUUACUCUAGAUCCAGCUAAAGACGAGUGUUUUGGAGAUCCUUUUAGUAGACUUUUGUUAGACGAGUUUCUUGGAUACGACGACUUAUUGUUGUCCUCUAUAAAGACCUUAGCAGAAAGCGAAGACAAUAAGGGUUAUUUAAGAAAUGUCGUAUCUGGAGAACAUUAUCGGUUUGUUAGUAUGUGGAUGGCGAGAACGUCGUAUUUUGCAGCAUUUUUCAUUAUGAUUGUGUUUACCGUUUCAGUUUCGAUGUUAUUGCGAUAUUCUCAUCACCAGAUAUUCGUCUUUAUUGUCGACCUCCUGCAAAUGUUGGAGUUUAACGUUACCGUGACUUUUCCCGCUGCUCCUUUGUUGACAGUUAUCUUAGCCCUUGUCGGGAUGGAGGCUAUUAUGUCGGAAUUUUUUAAUGACACAACCACGGCGUUCUACAUAAUUCUUAUAGUGUGGGUGGCAGACCAGUAUGAUGCUAUUUGUUGUCAUACAUCGAUCACGAAACGACAUUGGUUGAGAUUCUUCUACCUCUACCAUUUCUCGUUUUACGCCUAUCACUAUAGGUUCAACGGACAAUACAGCAGCUUGGCUCUAGUCACGUCUUGGCUGUUUAUACAACAUUCGAUGGUGUACUUUUUUCAUCAUUACGAGUUACCAGUAAUCUUACAACAAGCCCAUUUCCAACAGUUCCUAUUACGUAAUACUAAUCAACCGUUACCUACGCACGCUAUCACAGUGGCCGCAAGAAGAAUAACCGACCUCAUUUCGACGGUGAGACCUAACGCCACCACCCAAACGUCAGGUACGACGAUGCGAGCCGCAACGUCGACCUCCACAAAUACAGUUACCACAACCACAAUUUCAGUUGGUACCAUUGCGCAACCCAUAAGUUCGAGUCAAUCCAGUCAAACGACUUCUACGGCUGUUGAAACCACCGAAUCCCAAACAUCAGGAAGUGGUCCGACGCAACCUGUUGGUAUCCAAACUUAUGAUUUCGAGAGUAUACCGCCGAGCGGUGGCUCAGAUAGUCCCUAAUAAACCAAAAUUGAAACAUAGUUGUCAAAGAGAGGAUUCAAACUACAUUUAUUUAUGGUUUUUUUCUUAUUUUAAAUAAUAUAUUUAAUUUUUAAAAGAGUAUACAGUGAGAGUCUAUUAGUUUUAUAAUUUAUUAGUAGUAAUAACACAUUUAGUGUCUUUAUUUUUACAGUAACAAUAAAAUAAAAUAAAAAUUAACGUAUGGAAAACCCCGAUGAAUCUAAUCUAUAAAAUUAGGAUCCACUGCGCCUCUUUUUCUUUUAAUUGAUCUAUAUGGUUUGAAAAAAAAUUUGACCGAGUACUGAAAGUCUUUUAAAAAAAAAUCAGUCAUCAAAAUAUUUCCUUUCAAUAUCUAACUAAAUUAAAUUAUGCCCAAAUUAAAUAUUCUUCGAUGUAGCUAAGAUACAAGGAACGUGAUUAAACUUUGAUUUAAUUCAACGUGGAUGUCAUUUUCCAAAGUAAAUGAAUUUUUUCUUGGUGGGACAUUCAUAACGUAAAAAAAUAUUUUUAUUACUUUCUUAAUAUACGGAUAUCGCUCAUUGUAAUUGAUCAUUGGGAGUAACUUGGAGCGCGUUAUCUGAUUAUGAGAAUUCUGCAAACAUUUAUGAUAACUGGAAGUUUCGUUCAACACCAUAUUCGACUCACAUACGUCGAUCAAAUCAUUGUAUUAAUCACAUCACAAACUAGAGAGUUAUUUGAGAUUAUCAGAUAGAAUGGAACUGUGUGGAAAUACUUUUUUGUGAGCAAAUUAUAGUUCAUUAAAUUCGGUUCUAAUAACUUUGAGCAAUUAUUCAUUGAAGAUAACUGCGUAUUACCUUAUUGUAGGUGAUAAUAUCUGAUGGGAAGCGCCUAGAGAGGUUUUAGAUGGCGGAUUCGAGUAAUCUGAUUGAUACGACGCACAGGAUGUUUGUUAUCCAUUAUAAUUAUCAAUACUUCUGAUCGAAAUAUUCAUAGUGGCAUCAAACGAGCUUUGUGAUUAUCUAGUUCGUUGUCCUGUUUUCAGAAAAGUAUAUUGCAUCAUUUCAAGGGUAUUCAAGAUUAUCUUUACGUUUAGACAACCGACAACCGGUAACAGGGCGACUGAAGAUCAGUUCUUAUGUGAAAACAAAAGUUUGUAUAAUGGCUCGUAACUGCGGCACACGGGCUCGACGAAGGAUCGCCGUAGGCUCGCCGUACGAAAUGAUAGGGAUUGAUAAUACGUUAAAUAACUCGUUUAAACAUCUUGUAAAUGUAUUUCGAAACAUGUUGACCCUUGACUCGUACUUCUAAUCAUGGAGUAAAAUUAUUGAGUAUUGAAAUAUAACUCAUUAAAAAUUGUGCAUUAGAUAACUAACAACCAUUUUUAUUGCUGUUGAUCUGUACUGAUAAAAUAAAAGCCCACCGAUCAACAACUUGAUGCCCGUUCGAUAAUUUUGGAGAAAGCUCUUUUUUGCUUCGUUUCCGAAAUUCAAAUCUGCGCUUUAGGCUAAAAAUUGGGGUUGAAAAAAAUCUCUCUUCGCAUUUUAUAUAUACAACAAAAAUUUUAAAUCGUCUCGCUGUAGCUUAUAAGCCAUAUUUUAGUUAAUUAUUUCCAUUUGUAUCCUCUUUCUGUACAAUCUUUUGUAUGAAAAUGUUUUUGUUGCUUAUGUUUAAUGUAAAUAUUGUUAAUUUGUUCGAUAGGUGGUUGUAGAAUUAUCAAAUUUAAUAAAGACAUUAAUAUUU